AAUUAUUUCAGACAGUCCAAGCUCAAACACACUUUCAACUACGCCUGCCUCCUGAGAAGACAUGCAGUUCUGACUACUCUGGAUUACUCCAGGCAUUCCAGAUUUUUAUUUUAGAUGAAUUGAAGGCUCGUGGUUUAUGUCACCUCCAGGUAAAUGCAUUUGGAAAAACUGGCUCAGUUUCCAUGUGUGAUGAUUCCACUGUCUAUGUCGAAUGCCUGAGCGUGGAUCGCCUGGGAGUGAACAUCACCUGGAGGACUCAGCUAGAAAACAUCCCAACAGCUUCUCUCCCUGACUUACAUGAUAUUGAAAAUGCAAUUGUUGGGGAAAAUCUCAUUGGAGCAUUUAUAAAUGAGAUUAAGGAUGGUGUUUUUCUGCUGCAUUUGGAUUCCAAGCAGUUCCUAGCAGAUUCUGUCAUUGAUUUUCCCCGGGAUGAAGAGUUUGAUCUGUCUCCCCGUGUGCAGCUCGGAUGUAGGAGCGGGUUUCGAAGGAUUUCAUCUCCUGGGAAAGCAGGCCCUAAUUCACAAGGAUGUGUUGUUUGUCCUCCAGGCAGUUAUUUCCAGGAUGAUGAAUGCAUUCCCUGCCCUCUUGGCUACUAUCAGUAUCAGACAGGACAUUCCUCCUGUAUCAAGUGUCCUGUGGGCAAAACUACCAACUCCUAUGGGGCAAUCAGUUCUGAUCACUGUGUCACAUCCUGCCAGAGCAAUGAGCAGGGCCUGCAGUGUGAUGAAGAUGGCCAGUACAGACCUGCCCAGCAGGACCCUGACACCAGGAAAUCCCUCUGUGUCGACAGCUUUGGAGCAGCUCUGGACUGGACUCAAACAGAGGAUCUCCUUACAGAUGACCAGUGCUUGGUGCUCAGAAAAUUUGAAAGAGUUCCUGCCUCCAGCCUGAUUUAUGGAUCAGAAGAAGCUCAAAUUCUUCAAUCUCAGUCAAUUGGGGGAGACCUGCAAAGUACAUAUUUUCAGUGUAUUUCAGGCUGUGAGAGGGAAGAUGACUGUGGCUUUGCAACUGUUUCUCCUGCUGGUACCGAAGUGCUCUGUGAAUUAUACAGCGCUGCUGAAGCCAACUUCAACUGUACCACCUCUGGAUUGGUGCAAGGUGUCUUGGGGAACCCUGCUGCCACUAGCAUCAGUGGCCUCAGCUGCUUGCUUCGUGUCAGGAGCCCAGAGCGAGAUGCACUGAUGGUCUAUCUGAAGAGAGGACAGGAAUUCAACUCCUUUGGACCCAAGGCCUUUGAGAGGACUGGCUUCCAGAACGUUCUGUCUGGCGUGUACCGCUCCAUGGUGCUCCCUGGCUCCUCCCAGACUGAUGCUCAGCUGCUGUGCAGACAGGAGUGCAGCCGGGACUCCUGCUGUGAUGGAUUCAUCCUGAGCCAGCUCCUGCUGGAUGGAGGAACCAUUCUGUGCAGUUUGCUGAGCUCCCCAGACGUGCUGAUCUGCAAUGCCAAAGGCUGGAGUCCAACACCCACCUCAGCCAUGGGUGGGAUGUGCAAUGGUGUGAGCUAUGAUGAGAAGGAGAAGAGGUUUUCCUUCACUCUGGGAGGACAAGUGUUCAGUGGAACUUCUCAGUUGAUGGAAGAGGCAGGAAGAAAUUUCACUGCCUUUCAGGAAAUUUACCUGUGGAGAGACUCUGAUAUGGUCACCCGGAUGGAAACCUCUUUGUGUGAGGCUGCUGCUUUGAAAACAAAGGAUGAUCUCACGUUAUCAGAUUCCACAAAGGAUCUUUUCUACCUAAUGGACAACAGCCAGAUACAGAGUGACCAGAACUAUUCUCUCCCUUUCCAGCAGUAUUGGAUCUUCAGGCAGAAGUACUCAGCUGAGGAAGCUCUGCUUUGGUGUCUCACACGUUGUGCCCAAGAGGAAGAGUUUUGUCGAAUGGCAGAUCUGCAAAAUGCCACAGACAAAUACUUUGUGUGCAUCCUCUAUCCAGAAGCACAGAUUUGUGACAGCAGCAUUGACCAAAUACCAGGAAACUGUGCAACUGUGCUACCCUGGCAACCACAGACACUGUACCAUAAAAUAGUCACGCUUAAAAGUUCUGUGAAGAGCUUCUAUACACGUGUACCAUUCCAGAAAGUAACUGAAUUCUCAGUGAGGAAUAAGACUGACAUGAGCAGAAAAGCUGUUUCAGAUGGGUUUUUUGAGUGUGAGCGUUGGUGUGAUGCUGAUCCCUGUUGCACAGGAUUUGGCUUUUUUAAUGAUUCACAGCUGUCAGGUGGAAAGAUCGUGUGCGUGACUCUGAACAGCCUUGGCAUCCAGACGUGUGCUGAGGAAACAACAAGUGCCUGGCACAUUUCAAACUGCAGUUCACCAGAUGCUGAAGUCAAAAUACACCCAUUUGGCUGGUAUCAAAAGCCUGCUGACUUGAAGAGCACCAUUCCCAACUUGUGUCCACCUGUUAGUUUCCAACUCAGGCCAGAAAGUGAGUAUGUGGAUGCAUGGCAACCCUUAAGUGUGUCAUCUGUUCUCAUGGAUUCAUCCAUCUCAAACUUUGAAGUUGUGCAUGUUAGCAGAGAUAUAUCCAAUGACUUCUCCACUGCCAGAGAUUUUUGCCUGUCUGCUUGUUCAAAGAACCAGUCAUGUGUAGUGGUCACACUGGAAAUCCAGCCUUCAGCAAUAAGGUGCAUUUUCUACCCUGAUACCCAGAUAUGCAGACAUGGCCUGCAAGGGCACAGCUGCUGGGUUUUACUCAAAGAACCUGCUGCCUAUAUCUAUAGGAGACAAGAUUUACUCCUGCCCAUUGAAGAAUCAGAUUCAACCCCAAGAGCGUACAUCCCGUCCCAUGGGUAUCUGAUGGGCAAAUCCCAGGUGAUCCACAUUGGCUCAGAAUGGAGAAACAUCAGCCAGUUCCUGGGGGUCCCUUACGCUGCCCCUCCCCUUGGGGAGAGGCGCUUCAGCCCCCCGGAGCCGACUGCUUGGGAGGAAACCUGGAAUGCCACGGUGGCUCGGGCAGCAUGUUGGCAGCCAGGAGAUGGAGAGGCCCCGUCACAGUCUGUCAGUGAAGACUGUCUGUAUCUGCACAUCUUUGUUCCUGACACCACUGUCAAAAACAUGUCAGUGUUGGUGUUCUUCCACAAUGGAGGGAGUUACAGUGCCGAGGAGGGAAAGACAACCCUGGAUGGAUCAUACCUGGCUGCCGUUGGUAACGUCAUCGUCGUGACGGCAAACUACCGCGUCGGUGUCUUUGGCUUCCUGAGCACUGGUUCUGCUGAGGUGAGUGGGAAUGCUGGCCUUUGGGACCAGCUGGCAGCGCUGAGGUGGGUGCAGCAGAACAUCGCCAGCUUCGGGGGUGAUCCCAGCCGGAUUUCUCUGGGAGCCGAGCGCGGCGGGGCGGAUGUCACCAGCGUUCACCUGCUCACAGAGACAGCAGGCACAGACCUUUUCAGGAGGCUGCUGCUGAUGGUAAGUUCCAUUCCUGCUUCAGCUUCACCUGCAUUGUGA